AUGGGAGACUCGGGCCCAGCACCGGAACCUCCCACAAUGGAUGGGGGGAGGGGACCGUAUCCCGUCAGCUCACAAGCACCCCUCCGGCGACGGUACCAGGAGACCUCGGACCCGACCAGGACUGGACCCAGACCAAACAAAACACCCCAUAAUUACAUCUACGAGCCACUUGCGCCCCAGGAGCAGGCCAAGACACCCAGCCCUGGUGGGUCUCUCCCGCGCCUCUGUAUCUCCUCUGCCCCCGCUCUGGAGCCCUGGGCCGGCAUGUCUUCUCACCUAAAGCCGCAUCAGAAGCCUCAGGUCCUGGAUGACACGGUCCCUCUGAGUGCGACCAUCGAAGCCAGCCAGAACCUCCAGUCUCACACGGAGUACAUAAUCCGUGUGCAGAGGGGCGUGUCCUCGGAGAACACCUGGCAGGUGAUUCGUCGAUACAGUGACUUUGAUGCACUGAACUCCGCCCUCACAGUGAGUCUCCCCCCAUCAGAGUCUCCCCCAUCAGAGUCUCCCCCAUCAGCUCCCCCAUCAGAGUCUCCCCCAUCAGUCUCCCCCAUCAGAGUCUCCCCCAUCAGAGUCUCCCCCAUCAGUCUCCCCCAUCAGAGUAUCCCCCAUAAGAGUAUCCCCCAUAAGAGUCUCCCCAUAAGAGUCUCCCCCAUCAGAGUCUCCCCCAUCAGUCUCCCCCAUCAGAGUCUCCCCCAUCAGUGUCUCCCCCAUCAGUGUCUCCCCCAUCAGUGUCUCCCCCAUCAGAGUCUCCCCCAUCAGAGUCUCCCCCGUCAGUGUCUCCCCCGUCAGUGUCUCCCCCGUCAGUGUCUCCCCCGUCAGUCUCCCCCAUCAGAGUCUCCCCCAUCAGUGUCUCCCCCAUCAGUGUCUCCCCCAUCAGUGUCUCCCCCAUCAGUGUCUCCCCCAUCAGAGUCUCCCCCAUCAGAGUCUCCCCCAUCAGAGUCUCCCCCGUCGUCCCUCAGUGUCUCCCCCUCAGUGUCUCCCCCGUCAGUGUCUCCCCCGUCAGUGUCUCCCCCGUCAGUGUCUCCCCCUCAGGUCCCCAUCAGUGUCUCCCCCAUCAGUGUCUCCCCUGUCUCCCCCAUCAGUGUCUCCCCCAUCAGUGUCUCCCAUCAAUGUCUCCCAUCAGUGUCUCCCCCAUCAGUGUCUCCCCCAUCAGUCUCCCCCAUCAGUGUCUCCCAUCAAUGUCUCCCAUCAGUGUCUCCCCCAUCAGUGUCUCCCAUCAGUGUCUCCCCCAUCAGUGUCUCCCAUCAGUGUCUCCCCCAUCAGUCUCCCCCAUCAGUGUCCCCCAUCAGUGUCUCCCCCAUCAUGUCUCCCAUCAGUGUCUCCCAUCAGUGUCUCCCCCAUCAGUCCCCCCAUCAGAGUCUCCCAUCAGUGUCUCCCAUCAGUAUCUCCCCCAUCAGUCUCCCCCAUCAGUGUCUCCCAUCAGUGUCUCCCCCAUCAGUGUCUCCCAUCAGUGUCUCCCAUCAGUGUCUCCCAUCAGUGUCUCCCCCAUCAGUGUCUCCCAUCAAUGUCUCCCAUCAAUGUCUCCCAUCAGUGUCUCCCCCAUCAGUGUCUCCCAUCAAUGUCUCCCAUCAAUGUCUCCCAUCAGUGUCUCCCCCAUCAGUGUCUCCCAUCAAUGUCUCCCAUCAGUGUCUCCCAUCAGUGUCUCCCCAUCAGUGUCUCCCCCAUCAGUGUCUCCCAUCAGUGUCUCCCCCAUCAGUCUCCCCCAUCAGUGUCCCCCAUCAGUGUCUCCCCCAUCAGUCUCCCCCAUCAGUGUCUCCCAUCAAUGUCUCCCAUCAGUGUCUCCCCCAUCAGUGUCUCCCCCAUCAGUGUCUCCCAUCAAUGUCUCCCAUCAAUGUCUCCCAUCAGUGUCUCCCCCAUCAGUGUCUCCCCCAUCAGUGUCUCCCCCAUCAGUGUCCCCCAUCAGUGUCUCCCCCAUCAGUCUCCCCCAUCAGUGUCUCCCAUCAAUGUCUCCCAUCAGUGUCUCCCCCAUCAGUGUCUCCCAUCAGUGUCUCCCCCAUCAGUGUCUCCCCCAUCAGUGUCUCCCAUCAAUGUCUCCCAUCAAUGUCUCCCAUCAGUGUCUCCCCCAUCAGUGUCUCCCCCAUCAGUGUCUCCCAUCAAUGUCUCCCAUCAGUGUCUCCCCCAUCAGUGUCUCCCCCAUCAGUGUCUCCCCCAUCAGUGUCUCCCAUCAAUGUCUCCCAUCAAUGUCUCCCAUCAGUGUCUCCCCCAUCAGUGUCUCCCCCAUCAGUGUCUCCCAUCAAUGUCUCCCAUCAAUGUCUCCCAUCAAUGUCUCCCAUCAGUGUCUCCCAUCAGUGUCUCCCAUCAAUGUCUCCCAUCAGUGUGUCCCCCAUCAGUCUCCCCCAUCAUAGUGUCUCCCAUCAGUGUCUCCCAUCAGAGUCUCCCAUCAGUGUCUCCCCCAUCAGUCUCCCCCAUCAGUGUCUCCCAUCAGUGUCUCCCCCAUCAGUGUCUCCCAUCAGUGUCUCCCAUCAGUGUCUCCCAUCAGUGUCUCCCAUCAUGUCUCCCAUCAGAGUCUCCCCCAUCAGUCUCCCCCAUCAGUCUCCCCCAUCAGUGUCUCCCAUCAGUCUCCCCCAUCAGUGUCUCCCAUCAGUGUCUCCCAUCAGUCUCCGCCAUCAGUCUCCCCCAUCAGUCUCCCCCAUCAGUCUCCCCCAUCAGUGUCUCCCAUCAGUGUCUCCCAUCAGAGUCUCCCCCAUCAGUCUCCCCCAUCAGUCUCCCCCAUCAGUGUCUCCCAUCAGUGUCUCGUGUCUCCCAUCAGUGUCUCCCAUCAGAGUCUCCCCCAUCAGUCUCCCCCAUCAGUCUCCCCCAUCAGUCUCCCCCAUCAGUCUCCCCCAUCAGAGUCUCCCAUCAGUGUCUCCCCCAUCCGUUUUGUGUGUGUGUGGUGCCCCCCUCCCCCUCCCUCCUAAAAAGCUGCUGAGGAACAUGGAGAGGGAGUUUGUGGCAGAGCGUCAGAGAGGACUACAGGUGUAUGUGGACUACAUUUCCCAGCAUCCUCUGCUCUGCUCCUGCCUCAGCGUCAAAAGGUUCUUGGACCCAGACAACUACUGUGCUAACUAUACAGCUGAUGUCACUCAAAGACCCUGCACUUAUGGUUUCCAGCUGAUGUCACUCAAAGACUCUGCACUUAUGGUUUCCAGCUGA